AAUAAAAAAUGGCGCACCAUUCCUUCCCGAAAUGCACUGACGUGACGUCCUCAUCGCGCCAUCUUCGGAAGCGGACGAGCAGUGGACAUUGAAUGAAGAGCCGUGCCUUUUGAAAGAAACGCCUGCUGCAUGGAGUGAUAAUAUCCAUUUUUCAGGUUUUGCUCCUUCAGGUGGUUCAGCAACUCCUGUCAUCAUGGGGAUCAAGGUUCAACGUUCUCGGUGCUUUCUUGACAUUGGAAUUGGAAGCGCAGCAGUGGGUCGAAUCAUUAUCGAGUUGUUUACAGACGUUUGUCCCAAAACAUGUGAAAACUUCAGAUGCCUUUGCACAGGUGAGAAAGGUGUUGGUAAAGGAACCCAGAAACCUCUUCAUUACAAAGGAUGCCUGUUCCAUCGCAUUGUGAAAGACUUUAUGAUUCAAGGAGGAGACUUUAGCGAAGGCAAUGGAAGAGGGGGCGAGUCCAUCUAUGGAGGCUUUUUUGAAGACGAAAGCUUUGCUGUGAAACAUAACAAGGAGUACAUGCUGUCUAUGGCCAAUAGAGGAAAAGAUACAAAUGGAUCACAGUUUUUCAUCACAACAAAACCAACUCCCCAUUUGGACGGGGUCCAUGUGGUUUUUGGUCACGUCAUUUCUGGUCAAGAGGUCGUACAAACAAUGGAGAAUGAGAAAACGGAUCCCAACAGCCGACCCUAUGCCGAAAUCAAGGUUUUAAACUGUGGGGAACUUGUCCCCAAAUCAAAAGCAAAGAAACAUGACAAGAAGAAAGAGCGAGCCUCGUCAAGCUCCAGCAGCAGUUCAAGUGACUCCGACAGCUCCUCGGCAUCGUCCUCUGACUCUGAGGAGUCUGACAAGGAGGCCAAGAAGCAGAAAAAGAAAGCCAAGAAGCAAAAGAAGAAACAGGAAAAGGAGAAAAAGAUUGCCGAGCCUGAGAUUGUCGAAGAGAAAGAACAGGAAGAGAUGGUCACAUCCACCGUGCGCCCUGAAGAAAUACCUCCCAUUCCGGAGAAUCGGUUCCUGAUGAGACUCUCACCGGCCGAGAGAAAGAAGGAGGAGCCUGAGAAGGACAAAGACAGCAAAGAUGAACGGCCUCGAGACAGAUCUGGCGCGCAACAUAAUUCUCAAUAUAACAGAAGAUUGGUAAUGACACGAUCCGGCAGGAAGAUCAAAGGCAGAGGCCCCAGGAGAUACCGAACUCCUUCACGUUCAAGAUCCAGAGAUCGCUAUCGCCGUAGCGAAACUCCGCCCCACUGGCGUCUGGAGUUGCAGCGUCAGAGGAUGAGAGCAGUCACGGGGGAGCGUUGGAUUAAAGGGGACAAAGGUGACAUGAGUGAGGACAAGGACGAGGCCGCUAACACUCAGAGGAGAGAACGGCGGACCUCGGCUUCAAAGGGUGAGCACACCGACGACGGGAAAAAGGACAAGAAGUCUCGAUCGCAGAGAUCCAGAAGCAAGGACAAUUCAGGGGAGAAGCAAGGUAAGCAGAAGGACAAGAAAAGGCCCAAGUCAAAAAGCCGCAGUAAAAGCAGAGAAAAGAGCAGAAGGUCCAAAAGCAGAGAGAAGAGGAGACGGUCCAAAAGCAAAGAGAAGAGUCACAAACAUAAGAGUAGUGAGAAGAAGGCUCACUCUAGGAGCAAAGAACGAAACGCGGACAAGAAAGACAAGGAGAAGGAAAGCGAUCAUCACGGCAAAAAGAAAAACAAAGACCAAGAGCCCGACGGCAAGAAGAGAGAGGAUUCCAAAACGAGCAACGGCGAGACAAGGCGGACAAAGUCUCAAAGCAAAGAGAGAAGUUCCAAGGACCGCCACCGAUCCAGCAGCAGGACCCGAGAAAAGAGCGGACGCGGUGCCUCCAAAGACAAAGACGAAAAACGGGACAGAGAGAGGGGAAGGGAGCGUAGCCGGAGCGAGCGUAGGCGACACGGCGACGAAAGACGGAGGACGCGUAGUCGGGAGCGCAGAAGCAAGGGUCGCGAUACGCACAGAAGCAGGCGCUCAAGAAGCAAGAGCAGCAGGAGGGGGCGGAGCAAGGAUCGCAAGGACAGCCAACGGAGAAGAAGACACAGCAGCAGCUCCAGCAGCAGCAGCAGCUCCUCAGACAGCGAUCAAGACAGACGCAAGCGUCGCAAGAGCCCCGAGUCCAAACGCAGAAGAUCCAAAAGCGCCUCCAAGGACCGGAAAAGAGCUGACGCGACAAAAGGCAAAAGCAACAACAAGAGGAGUCACUCGAGCUCCAGUUCGAGCUCUCGCAGCGACUGAGCUCGUCUUAAAGGGGAAGUCGUUUCCAAAAUGUUCUUUAACAUAUGUUCUAGUCUGAACACGACAUUCCUAAGUAUAAAAAAAAAAACAACCUGAUUUUAAAAACUCAAUUUAAAUCAGAAUGUCGAGUUUCGACUAGCACAUACAACAUAUUGGCAAGAAAAAAUUGUUUGACUUGAUUUUCUCUUGAGAAUGGCUUGGCGCUUUUAUCUUUUUCUUCUCUGAGACGUCCUCAUAUAAUGAAUGGUCAGCCUACUUUGUCUUUCAACAAAGAGCCGCACACAUCGAUAUUCCUUACAUGUCCACAGUGCCACUUUUGAAUUCUCUGGCAGUCAAACGGGAGGCUGGAAAGAGAAGCGCUCGAGCGGAACCGAUAAAUUGCAGCAACAAACAACCGCUGCGCCUUGUGAGCCUCUGUCUUUUUUUUGUUUGUUUGUUUUAGCACUAAGCAGGAAGGCAGAUUGAUGGUGUGCUGAAGGUGGGGACAGAAAACCACACCUUGUUUGAUUAUUUGGUCCAGGUGGUUAAAGAUACUGUAAGACAUGUUUUUUUUUUCUACUGAAACUUUUAUUUAACAUUUCUGGGGGAGUAGCAAAAGAGAUUUUUUUUGCAUGCCUGUUCCACACCUUGAGGUUUUAUCUUCACCCAUUGACGUUUUAAAUGACACCGCAUAGUCUUUGUAUUCUUGUCAUUUUGUUUGUUUUUUCUUUUUAACGGAGUAAACUGUAAUGUCAGCUUAAAAAUCAUCUUAUGUGAAAUGCUCUAAGUAGGAGCUCCUCUCUGUAGAUUGGAAUUAAAAUACAUCAUUUUGAUUUUAAAAUA